CUAAUUGUAAUGGGAAUGAAUAAAAACAAUGUUUUUUCAAGAUGGUGCGAAUAACAUGAAAUGUAAAGUCAAAUAACAAAUUAUAGAAAUUUAUAAAUUACGGCAAUUUAAUGGAUAAGCAAAAUGACUCGUUCAAAAAUUCAGAGGAUUAAAUUCUUUGUGUUUCUGUUGAGCUUUAUUUUUUCACAAAAAACGUCUUGCGAUGGAAGUUUUAGAAAAAAGUACGAAACCGCGGAACAUGUGCCUUUUAUUAGUAAAAGCGAUAAUAAAGAGAGUGUCGAGACAAUUUCCGUACUGUCGAAAAACAAAUUAGCAGAUCCUCUUGCACAAGGCAUUGUGUACAACGUUUCUGUUAAUAAUUCGAAGAAAUUAGGGGUAAACGUAACCUCUAAAACAAUUAACGAAUUAACUACCACUUAUUCGCCUAUAACGCCUACAAUGCAGAUGACUAAUGGAAUGCAUAUAUCAUCUUUAAAUUCUGGAGCAUUUUUAAGAGGUAUUUUUGUUAUUAUUGGUCUUAGCAUAAUUGUAAUGGCAUAUAUGGUGUUCCGUGGCUUUAGGUUAAGUAAAACGAGAGCCCAAAUGGUUAGAAAAUACGGGGUUCUUGCGCAUAGACAAGAUGUUGAAAUGAGACCAUUACCAUUAGACGAAGACGACGAAGAUGACACAAUUGUCUUUGAUGCAAGUAAUAUUGCUUCAAAUACAUUGCAGUCACAAGAUACAUAAAUAAAUCCUUAUUUUUUAUAUAUAUUGUAAUGUCGGAUAAUUGUACACAGUAAAAAUAGUUAUGUAAACUAAUAUUUUAAACGAUUAAUGAACUGUGAGACUGAAUAUAAAAGGUGAAAAAUAAAACAAAUAAAAUUGAUUGAUGAAUGAUG